GGUCUAUGGACAAUGUAUAAAGAGAGGGCGGAGAGGAGAAUUCACAUCCAGCCUCUCCCACUCAGGACCGUUCCUGCAGCGUCCAGUCCCGGGCUACAGGUUUGCAGGGAGGAGAUGUCGGACGUAGGCAGGGACAACGCCCCCAGGAGCAGGCCCGUGAUGUCUCACGUGGGUCGGAGCGCCACCCCCUCCAACAACAACAACGAUGAGGAGAAUCCCGUCCCAGACUUCCAGUACUUUGGCCUGACGCCCAGAUCACCUCCCAGCCUGCAAGGCUUCCUGGAGGUGUGGGGCGUGGAGGUCCACGCUAGGCCCGACGAUGUGAACAAGGCGCAGCAUCACACACAGUUCUAUGACUGCAACAACCUGGUGGUGAGACGUGGACAACCCUUCCAGAUCACCGUCACCAUCAGCCGGCCCUACAAAGCUCAAACCGACAAGCUGUGGGUCGAACUGCUCAUCGGUCGCUACCCGAGUGCCGUGAAGGGAACAUACAUCCCGAUUUACCUGCAGGACGAGCUGGUGAAGGGGAGGUGGGGAGCGAAGGUGAUCUCUGCCCAGGGCAACACCCUCGGCCUCUCCGUCCUCUCUCCCGCUGACUGUAUCGUGGGCAGAUUCCGCAUGUAUGUGGCCAUCAUGACCUCGCACGGAAUACGCAGGACCUCACGGGACAAGGCCACCGACAUCUACUUCAUCUUUAACCCUUGGUGUAAAGAGGAUGCGGUGUAUCUCAGCGAUGAUGACCAGCGCCAGGAGUAUGUCAUGAACGACGUGGGCUGCAUUUACUACGGAACUUCCACUGAUGUGACCAGCAGGUCGUGGAUCUACGGGCAGUUUGAAAGGAAUGUACUGAACGCUUGCAUCCACGUUCUGGACCGGGCGCGGAUGCCUCUACAGUCCAGGGGUUGCCCCAUCAAUGUGUGCCGUGUGGCAUCUGCCAUGAUUAAUUCGAAGGACGAUGCGGGCGUGCUGGUGGGGUGUUGGGAUGGGAAGUACAUUGAUGGAGUGGCCCCCACAGCCUGGAACAGUAGCGUAGAGAUACUGCUGCUGUACUACAAGAACAGACAACCUGUCUGUUUCGGACAGUGCUGGGUCUUUGCUGCCGUGCUCAACACAGUGCUGCGAUGCCUGGGCCUCCCCACCAGAGUGGUCACCAACUUCUCCUCAGCCCACGACAACGAUGCCAACCUGCACACAGACAUCAUCCUGGACCAGGACGGGAAGAAGAUGCUGGAGCUGACCAAGGACUCCAUCUGGAACUACCACUGCUGGAACGAGUGCUGGAUGCUGAGGGCUGAUCUCCCACCUCGCUACGGAGGCUGGCAAGUUGUCGACGCCACUCCUCAGGAGACCAGUGAAGGCAUGUACCGGUGUGGCCCGGCCUCUGUCAUCGCCGUUAAAGAGGGCCAGGUCUGCUUCCCGUACGAUGCACCUUUUGUCUACGCUGAGGUGAACAGCGACGUUGUGUACUGGACCCAACAGAACGACGGGUCGCUGGUGAAAGGGGAGGUGAAGACUGACGAGAUCGGCACGUUGAUUCUCACCAAGCAGGUUGGGUCGGAUAUGAGGAUGAAUAUCACCGAUCUGUACAAGUACCCGGAAGGCAGUCGUGAGGAAAGGUCGUCCCUGGAAACGGCGGUCCACUUCGGAGUUGUAAAGCCAGAGGCACCAAAGGACCUACCGAAGGACGUAUCAGUCAAGGUGCAGGUGGAUGAGAACAUCAUGGUGGGCUCCAACUUCACGCUGGCUCUGGAGUUCAAUAACCACAGCAACGAAAGCCGCAGUGCGGAGGUCCAGAUUUAUGGAUAUGUCAUGUUCUACACGGGAGUCCCAAAGGUCCAGGUGACAGAUGAGAACAUCGAGGUGGAGAUGGAACCUAAUGAAGUCCAACAGGCGCAAGUGGUGAUCAAAUCCAAGGACUAUGAGGACAAGCUGGUGGAACAACUCACCCUGCAGUUCCUCAUCACGGCCACUGUCCCUGAGACGGACCAACGUCUGGUCAUUGAGAAGAAGGUCACUCUGCAGAUUCCCAAGCUGAGAAUUUCGGUCGAAGGUGAAGUGGCGUAUGGGAGAGAGGUGUCUGUGGUCGUCCAGUUCACCAACCCCCUCACAAAAACUCUGGAACAUCUGGUUCUGCGCGUUGACGGGCUGGACUUCACCAGGCCUGAUCUCAUGUUGUUCAGCCACCUCCCUGAGAACGAGACGCUGAGGGCGAAUUUCUCCGUGGUCCUGCGGAGACACGGGAGGUGGAAGAUCAUCGGCAGCUUGGACUGCCCGGCGCUGCGCCAGGUGGGCGGUGAGCUGGAGCUACACGUCCAGUAGAGACGGCAACACCCAGCGGCUGGGAACGCACCCAGCCUAGAGGAACAAGAUACGCAACCCGUGACAACUCCCUCUCAAACAGCACCGAAACGUUGCCUAUUUCCUUCGCUCCAUAGAUGCUGCUGCACCCGCCGAGUUUCUCCAGCUUUUUUGUGUACCUUCGAUUUUCCAGCAUCUGCAGUUCCUUCGUAAACACCUCAUAACUCGCUUGGCUAGUUUACACCCCAGCGGUAUGAACAUUGACUUCUCCAACAUUGACUUCUCUAACUUCAAAUAGCCCUUGCUUUCCCUCUCUCUCCAUCCCCUAUCACUUCCCAGUUCUCUCACUAGUCUUACUGUCUCCGCCUACAUUCUAUCUUUGCCCGCCCCCUCCCCUGACAUCGGUCUGAAGAAGGGUCUCGACCCAAAACAUAACCCGUUCCUUCGCUCCAGAGAUGCUGCCUGACCCGCUGAGUUACUCCAGCACUCUGUGAAACGUCACCUAU